GCCGCCAGACGGUCGCGAGGGGGGUGAUUACGCCUAAAACAAAAAUUAAAUAAAUAUAUCCACAUUUAUUUUCACACCCCUGAUUAUUAUUUUCAAAAAAAAAAAACAAUCUUACCAAAAAAAAGUUCUGUUAAAAAAUUCGCAAUUACUCUGUGGUUUCAUGUUUUUAAUACACCCUACAAAAAUCCCGAAUUUUCAAAAUUUUUUUUCGAUAUAAAUUGGUAGUGUAAAAAACAAAAAUGUGUUUUUGAAUGGUGAAAUCAUAGUCAAUUUGUGGUUGCCUUGGAUGAGUGAGGAACGUGUAAGUCAGAAAGCUAAUAAAAGGAUGGCCGGAUCACGCGAGAGGCUGCUCUACGAUCGACAUUUAGACUUUGAUUACGAAUACGAACGGAGGCGACGACACGAGAUAAGUAGAUUCGAAGCGCAGCGUGCCGAGCCAAACUGCAUUCGAACAGAACGCUUCGAAAUAGAACGACCGAAGCGCAAAAAUGGUUACGUGUUCGAAGACAUCUAUUCGGAUUUCGACGAGGCUCAAGGGCGACUGUCGUUGUUUAGACCGAUCAGACCAGAGUAUUUAAACUUACAGACGAGCUACGUAACCAAGUACAAUUCCUUGCCUAGGAACCAUUACUACGAUAACGAUCGUCGUCGGUACAAAAAAGACUACUACGACUUCAGAAUCGAAGCAGAGAGACGGAGGCCGCGGCAAUCUUAUGAAUACAAACAAAAAGAACGAACUGAUACAAAACGAAACGAAAUUAGGUUAACUGAUCGAAACGAACGACGACCUAUUUCUAGUAAUUCUAGAAUUACCUAUCCCACUCAGAAGCCUAAGAAUGUGGCUGUGUGUAAACCUCUCCGUUUGUCGGAGAAGAAUGUUAAAUAUUGGACCACCGAUCCGCCUGAGAAACAUCAAGAGAACCACGCGAACCAAACGAACCAAGCAAAGAAACCAAAGAAAGACGAAGCGAAAAAGAUAGUUAAAUUCUCGGAAGUGUCUGGUUGCCGCAAAAUGGUUAUCGAUGAUCCAAUUUGCGGACGCAAAGUGGUUGCGGUGAGAGAGUUGGAGGUUUCGCUGGACCAAAUGAUCCAGAACGGGUAUUUCGAGAAGCACAACAUACCGAUAAGUCUGCCGGAGAAACGGGAAGAGAUAAAGGCGAGCGUGCCGAACGGGAAGUGUUUAUCGGGAACGGGGGGUGAGACGCCGGCGCCGCGGAAAUCUAGACAUUUACCGCAGGUGAUAGCAGCGCUUGCAGUGUCCCUAGCCCCCUUCUCAGCGGGGCUCGGCAAGGGGUACAGCUCGCCAGCCAUAGCUUCCCUGCAGGGGCCUGGCAACGCGACGCGAAGGGACUUCCAGCUGACCGACCAACAGGCUUCGUGGCUUGCUUCCUUAUCUUUUCUUGGUGCUCUCUUCGGAGGAAUGGCGGGUGGUGCUGCUAUGAGGCACGGAAGACGUCGGGUGCUGUCCCUCGCCGCGGCGCCGUGUAGUCUAUCCUGGCUGCUGACAGUACUGGCCACGUCAGUCAGGAUGAUGUGCAUUACUGCCUUCCUGGGAGGAUUCUGCUGCUCCAUCCUCACCAUGCUGUCUCAGGUUUACAUCAGCGAAAUCUCAGUGCCGGACAUCAGAGGCUGCCUGAGCGCCGUGUUGAAGAUCGUGGGUCACCUCGGCGUCCUGUUCAGCUUCACCAUCGGCGCCUACCUCGAUUGGCAGCAACUAGCGCUCUGCAUAUCCGCCGCUCCUCUCCUCCUCUUCUGCACAGUCCUCUACAUACCAGAAACACCGAGCUAUCUCGUGCUUAUAGGGAAAGACGAAGAGGCCUACAAAAGCCUCCUCUGGCUCCGUGGACCAAACUCCGACGUUGCUCAAGAACUCGCUACGAUAAGAACCAAUGUUUUAGCAAGCAAGAACUUUAGUCAACGACAGAGCCAAAUGUCUAGCAGUCAACUAAUAAACUCUUUUGAUGUGAGAACUGCUAAUCGCCUUCUCGGUCCAAUUCUAGUGACUUGUGGUUUGAUGAUGUUUCAGCGAUUUUCUGGUGCUCACGCGUUUUCCUUCUACGCUGUGCCAAUAUUUAGGAAAACUUUCGGUGGAAUGAAUCCUCACGGAGCAGCUAUAGCUGUUUCGUUUGUCCAAUUGCUUGCAUCCUGUUUGUCGGGCUUGCUGAUUGAUACGGUUGGUCGUCUUCCAUUGCUCAUUGUGAGCUCGGUACUCAUGUCGAUGGCGUUAGCUGGAUUUGGAAGCUACGCAUACUACGAGGAAGUGCAUAGAAACCAGAGGAUACAGAAUGUCAUGUUCCAUCAAACGGUCGGACAGAAUGACUGGAUUCCUUUACUCUGUGUCCUGGUUUUCACGAUUGCGUUUUCUUUAGGUAUGAGUCCGAUUUCGUGGCUACUUAUUGGGGAAUUGUUUCCUUUGGAAUACAGGGCGUUUGGGAGUGCGAUGGCAACUGCCUUCAGUUACCUCUGCGCGUUUGUGGGUGUUAAAACGUUUGUGGAUUUUCAGCAAGCGUUAGGGUUGCAUGGAGCAUUUUGGUUGUACGCUUCUAUAAGUGUAGGGGGAUUGUGUUUUGUCGUGUGUUGUGUCCCGGAGACGAAAGGAAGGGAUUUAGAUGAAAUGGACCCAAACUACGUUCAAAGUCUGUCGCCCAAGAGGUAAGUCAGUUUAGAUGGACGUUGUAUGUACUUGGAAAUUUUCCAUACCUUUAAAAAAUAA